CCCUUUUUUUGAAAAAAGUUCACAAUUGGACCCCUGGAAAACUUAAAUGCAGAAAUGGACCCAGGGGUCGGCGCCAUGCAUCAUGGCGCCGAGGUUUCACGUCUCGGCGCCAUGGAUCACGGCGCCGAGGCCCCUGGCUGCCUUCUGACUUGGAUCCGACGUGGCAGGGAGCUCGGCGCCACAGAUCACGGCGCCGAGCUCGGCGCCACAGAUCACGGCGCCGAGCUCCCUGGUACUAAUCAUCCGACGCCUUCGCUACCAGUUCAUAUUUUCAUCUCCCCUCUCGGCUCUCUCUCUCCAAAAACCGAGCACGAAUUUGGAUUCAAUAUUUGGACCAUCAAAAGUUUGAUUUGUUCCAUAGAUCUUGAAGAGCCAGGUAUACUCUUUCACAUAUUAGUUUUUGACUCAUUGAUUUGACCUAUAUUACACGUAUGUUGUAGACUUAGAUAAACCAUUUAUAGUUUUUUGAAUGGAUGAUUAAUAUUUUUCUUAUGCAAUCGUAGAAUGCCACGUCGUGGAAAAAGUAGCAAACCAAGCUAUGGCCGGACGACCGGUAGUCCGUACAUCCACCAGCCGCUUCCUAGCGGUGUUCCAGUACCUAUGUGCUUUUGUGGUGAUCCUUGCAAGGUAGAAAUUUCGGAAGACGAGGAAACCUAUCGGCAGAGGUAUUGGAUGUGUUCGAAUUUUGCCUGGGAGCCUACGCCAAAACAACGCCGCAGUAACUUUAUUACCCCUCCACCAUUGUGUGAUUUUGAGCAGUGGAUCGACACUGAGAUUAAGGAGUCCGACAAGCGGCUUCUACAAGGCCUAAAGGAGUGGGAUGCGGAGCGUGCUGAGAUAUUAGAGAAGAGACGUAGAGAGGAGGCUCAAAAGAGGGAGCACAAGGAAGAGGAGGAAAGAAGACGUGUUGCUGCGGCUCGGGAGGAGAGGGAAAAGAAGCUUGAGCGUGUGCGCCGAGCGAAGGCAGCGAUGGAUGAGAAUCCAGAUGCCGAGAGGAAGGGAAAGUGGCCUCGUUGCACUCAGUAGUUACAUUACCUUCUUGUUCUUUGUUUGGUUCAUGGACAAUAUUGUUUUUGUGUUGGACUUUUCAAUUUAUUGUCAUGUAAUGCACUUUAGCAAUUUUAAUUUAGUUUCAUUAUUAGUAGACAAUAUUUAUA